AUGACUCGUCCACCAACCAUUUUUUCUGACUUUGAUUUCAAGGAAUUCGAUCGCUGGCAACGACAACAUUAUCUAUUGAAAAGUGCUCGCAAGGCAAAUGCUUGGGCUUCCUUCAACACAACCAAAGGUGCAGUCAUCAUUGAUGUCGGUACUGGAAACGGCAUUUGGGCUUUGGAAAUGGCAAAUCAAUAUCCUAAUGUUCAAGUACUUGGUUUGGAUCGUGUAUUACCCAAUGAUCAACAAAAUGGUCCUGAAAAUUUACGAUUUGUACAAUGUGAUGUUACUGAAGCUUGGCCUAUGGGUGAUAAUGCUGUAGAUUUUAUCUUUCAACGAAGUAUGGGUGAUGCUAUGAAACAAGAACAAUGGGGUCCUCUACUCAAAGAAAUGUAUCGUGUACUGAAACCUGGUGGAUAUAUUGAAUUAAUUGAAAAUGAUUUUUGGCGUCACAACCCUGGUCCUGUACAACAAGCUUUUGAUGCAUUUAUUCAAGAACAAUGCAAGGUGACUGGUGUGGAUUUCCAACUAACAGAUUCCCUGGAUACUUUGGUAAAUGAAACUGGUUUUGAUCAAGUCGAUAAAAAGACCAUGGAUAUUCCUCUUGGAGAAUGGCCCGCUGAUCAAGAAUUGAAGCAGUUUGGAUUCAUCAACAAAGAAGCACACAAGGCAUUAUUGAAGAAUUACAAGGAUUUCUAUGUCAAACAAUGGGGACUUUCCAGUGCUGAUUUCGAUUUGGCCGUACAAGAAGUCUUGGAGGAAUUUGAUGAACAUCAUAGUUUCACCAGAUUCCAUUGUUGGGUAGCAAGAAAACCUUUGUAG